ACUUAAGUAAGAGAGCAGCUGGGUGAGAGUGAAGUGAAAUAGGACUAAUUUUCAUAAUUCCCUCUCCAGAAUAGUUUGAUGGCAAACUGAUUACUUGACUGUUCAACCUGAAGAAUAUUAAGGGAAACCGUUUUUCAAGGAGAAAUGAAGAAGAAAACUCUAUAUACCCUAAAUGUGGGAGAUGAGGAGUAUGAAGAUAUGGAAGGUGAAGAAAACAAAGAUAAUACUGCUACCACUGGUCUGUUGUACAGUGAAGCUGACAGAUGUCCAAUAUGUCUCAGUUGCCUGUUAGAGAAGGAAAUUGGUUUUCCAGAAAGCUGUACUCAUGUCUUCUGCUUGACCUGUAUUCUUACAUGGGCAGAGACACUGGCUUCAUGUCCUAUUGACCGAAAACCUUUCCAGGCAGUGUUUAAAUUCAGUGCGUUGGAAGGCUGUGUUAAGGUUCAAGUAAAGAGACAGUCGAGAGAAACAAAAGACAGGAAAAAUGAAAGCUCUUUUAAGAAACAGCUCUCCUGUCAGGAAAAUUCUAAAAGCUGUAUGAGAAAAAAAGUCAUAAGAGAAGAUCUGUUAAGUGCAAAACUUUAUGACUUGAAGAUGAUGUGUAGAAACUCUAAAAACAGUGAAAUGGGAGGAAAGAAAAAUGCAGUAAUAAAGACGAAUAAGCCGCGAAGAUCAAAUCAGCGUACAGAUCAGUGCUUCAGGAAUGUCUUCUCCAACCUCUUUUCUUCUCGUAGUCACACUGGAGAAUCUUCUCUUAACUGUACAGCUUACUGUACAGAAUUUAUAGAAGUCAGUGAAAUUGGUGCAUUGAUUAGGCAGAAGAGAGAGGAACUGGAAUUGUCGUGGUUUCCUGAUGCGUCACCUGGAGUUGGAAGAAUUGGUUUUAUACCCUGGAAUAUUGGAACAGAAGUCCUUCCUCUCAUCUCUUCUGUGUUGCCAAGAACUAUUUUCCCAACAAGUAUCAUAUCUUUAGAAAACUUUGGCACUUCUUGUCAGGGGUGUGCAUUAGCACACACACAAGAAGGGGAAGAGAAGAAGCAGACUUCCGGUACCUCAAACACCAGAGGCUCAAGACGGAAACCUGCAGCAACAACUCCUACGAGGAGAUCGACGCGUAGCACGAGAGCUGAACCAGUCAGUCAGUCUCAGAGAUCCCCAGUAUCAAAUAGUUCUGGGUGUGAUCCCCCAGAAGACAGUAAUCCCUCUGUAAGUGUUUCCUCUUCAGCCGGGUCAGAAAAGCAAACAAGACAGGCUCCCAAACGGAAGUCCGUAAGAAGAGGGAGAAAACUAUCUUUACUGAAAAAGAAACCUCGGAGCUCUGUACCUCCCCCCGAAAAAUCAUCUUCCAGUGAUUCAACAGAUGAGGAAGUAGCAGGAUCUGACGUACCACCUGUGUUAGAGACAGAGCACCAGUCCGACGGAGAAAGCAGUAACACUGUGCAGAUGAAUGUAGAAAAUGAGCCUGCUGAUGGCUUGAGAAGUUGCAGUGAGCCAGUAGAAGGAAGUGCGGAAUUUCCUGAGACCCAAGGUACAGAGGAAAGAGGGGAAUCUUCAUAUUCUGAGCCUGGUACCCAGGAUCCUCUCGUGCUCGCUGGACAGGAGGAGGAAGAUGAAAAAGUUGAGAAUACAGGUAUAAAGGCUAAUGUUCUAUGUCUGGAAAGUGAGAUUUCUAAAAAUAUUUCUGAAAAAGGGGAUGAUCCAUUGGAAAAUCAAGACCAAAUAGCUGGACCUUCAGAAUCAGAGGUAAAAGCGGAUACAUGUACAGAUCCCCCUCCAAGUGAUUCUACGUAUUCAGGGUCUGAAACUGAGGGACACCAGCCUAGAUCGAGCCUGGGUGAGCUACCUGAGAAUGCACAGGCAGUGGUCAGUGAAGAAAAAGUUGUGGAGAGUCCUGUCAUAGAAAUUAUUGAUCCUAAAGAUUCCACAGUAAAAACAGAACAGCUUGUUGACAGCCCCAAAUUAGAAUCUUCUGAGGGUGGAAUUACACAUAUGGUGGACAAAGAACCUGCUGAAAGCUCCGAGGUUCAUCUGCUUGCGCAUGUGGAAGAUGAAGGUGCAGAAAUUACUGCAGCGUGCGAUACUUCAGGGAAUGAAAUUUUCAACAGUAUUCAAGACUCUGAAAAUAAUUUAUUAAAAAAUAAUCUUAACACCAAAUUAGACAAGUCUUUAGAAGAAAUGACUGAAUCUCUGGUUGAACAUCCCAGAUCUACAGAAUUGCCUAAAACACACGUUGAACAGAUUCAGAAGCGUUUUGGUGAGGACAAUAAUGAAAUGAUACCUAUGGAAUGUGAUUCAUUUUGCAGUGACCAGAAUGAAUCUGAAAUUGAGCCAUCUGUAACUGCUGAUGCUAAACAGUGGAAUGAAAAGUCUGUAGAGCACAGUUUCUCAAAGAAUAGGUCGUCUUCUGAUCCUGCAAAUGAAAAGGUUGAAACUGUAUCUCAACCGUCCGAAAGCCCUUUAGAUACGACAGAUAAAGCCAGAAAGCCUCGUACUAGAAGAUCGAGAUUUCAUUCUCCAUCUACAACGUGGUCUCCCAGCAAAGACACUGCACGAGAAAAGAAGCGGUCUCAGUCUCCAUCUCCCAAACGAGAAACUGGAAAAGACAGCAGGAAGUCUCGAUCACCAUCUCCCAAGAAGGAACCUGCAAGAGGACGGAGAAAAUCUCGUUCUCAGUCUCCAAAAAAGGACAGUGCGAGAGAGAGGAGGCGAUCUCAGUCUCGAUCUCCAAAAAGAGAGAGCACCAGGGAAGGCAAAAGGUCUGAAUCACUCUCCCCCAAAAGAGACACCUCUAGAGAGAACAGAAGAUCUCAGUCAAGAGUGAAGGAUUCCUCCCCAAGAGAAAAAUCCAGGUCCCGGAGCAGAGAAAGAGAAAGUGACAGAGAUGGGCCGAGGAGAGAUCGAGACCGAGAAAGGAGAACCAGAAGGUGGUCUCGGUCCAGAUCACGUUCUCGGUCACCCUCGAGAUCUAGAACAAAAAGUAAGAGUUCAUCAUUUGGUAGAAAUGAUAGAGACAGUUAUUCUCCUCGAUGGAAGGAAAGAUGGUCAAAUGAUGGUUGGAGAUGUCCACGAGGAAAUGAUCGAUACAGAAAGAAUGACCCAGAGAAACAGAAUGAAAAUACAAGAAAAGAAAAAAAUGACAUCAGUUCAGAUGCUGAUGAUUCAAAUUCUGCUGACAAACGUAGAAAUGACUGUCCCAACUGGGUAACAGAAAAAAUAAAUUCUGGGCCUGAUCCGAGGACCAGAAAUCCAGAAAAGUUAAAAGAGUCUCAUUGGGAAGAAAACAGAAGUGAAAAUUCAGGGAAUUCUUGGAAUAAAAACUUUGGUUCGGGUUGGAUGUCUAACCGUGGUAGAGGGAACCGCGGCAGAGGCACCUACAGAGGUGGCUUUGCCUACACAGAUCAGAGUGAAAGCAGGUGGCAGAACCGAAAACCCCUCUCAGGGAAUUCAAAUAGUUCAGGGAAUGACUCUUUCAAGUUUGCGGAACAGCAGCCCUAUAAACGGAAAAGUGAGCAAGAGUUCUCAUUUGAUACACCGGCCGAUAGAUCCGGGUGGACGUCUGCAUCUAGUUGGGCCGUGAGAAAGACUCUGCCAGCAGAUGUACAGAACUAUUACUCACGGCGAGGGAGGAAUUCUUCAGGUCCGCAGUCUGGAUGGAUGAGACAAGAAGAGGAAACAACCGAGCAGGAUUCUAACCUAAAAGACCAAACAAACCAACAAGGUGAUGGUUCUCAGCUACCUAUAAAUAUGAUGCAACCACAAAUGAAUGUAAUGCAGCAACAGAUGAAUGCACAACAACACCAGCCUAUGAAUAUCUUCCCAUAUCCAGUGGGUGUUCAUGCCCCUCUGAUGAACAUCCAGCGCAGUCCAUUCAGCAUUCACCCUCAGCUACCCUUGCAUCUGCACACGGGAGUGCCUCUCAUGCAGGUAGCUGCUCCUACCAGUGUAUCUCAGGGACUACCACCACCGCCACCCCCUCCCCCACCAUCCCAGCAAGUCGGCUACAUUGCUUCACAGCCAGAUGGAAAGCAGCUGCAGGGUAUUCCUAGUGCUCCUCAUGUAAGUAAUAACAUGAGUACACCAGUCUUGCCUGCUCCGACAGCAGCCCCCGGAAAUGCGGGAACAGUUCAGGGACCAAGUUCUGGUAAUACUUCGUCAUCAAGUCACAGCAAAGCUUCUAAUGCUGCUGUAAAAUUGGCAGAAAGCAAAGUAAGUGUUACAGUGGAAGCCAGCGCAGAUAGCUCGAAGACAGACAAGAAAUUGCAAAUUCAAGAAAAGGCAGCACAGGAGGUAAAACUGGCCAUUAAGCCAUUUUAUCAAAAUAAAGAUAUCACCAAGGAGGAGUAUAAAGAGAUUGUACGGAAAGCAGUAGAUAAAGUCUGUCAUAGUAAGAGUGGAGAAGUAAAUUCUACUAAAGUGGCCAAUCUGGUUAAAGCCUACGUAGACAAAUACAAGUAUUCACGGAAAGGAAGCCAGAAGAAGACUCUGGAAGAACCUGUGUCCACAGAUAAGAACAUGGGCUGAAGUGGGGAGCACUCAGAGGACACUGUCAGGAUACCUGCCAAGUGCAAUUCAACAUGGACCUGCAACUGAAGAUCAUACGUAACUGUGAUUGAAAUCUGGUUUUGAUAAAAUUAUUUUUUUUAAUGUAGGAUAUAAUGUUUUGUUCUAAAUAAAUACAGUUCUGCACCGCAACUUCUAUAUCUUUUCCUCUCCCCUCCACCCUCCUGCAAAAUAAAAGCAAAUUCAAGGGGAAGUAGAGAGGUGAGAGGAAUGUGUGUUUUUACCUGGACUGUGUUACGUUGUGGAUACUGGAAGAUGUACAGCGUUUUGAUUGAGCAGUGGAGUGCAUGGAUCAGGAACUUCUGGUGCGCUCACUGGCUUUGGAAGAGAUGUGUAUAAUACAUUUAUUCUGUCAGGCUAAAAAUAAAGUGAUCUUUAUGAUUUUUUCUCUAUAGAAAGAUAAAUAAUUAUUACCAUGAAAAAUAUUUCUAAUACAGAACAUACCAAUUGCAGGGUUCCUAAUAUGUAUUUUUAAAGCACACCUCUGAAUAAAUUGCUUAGAUAGAAAAUAAAUUACCACAUGGGUAGAACUCAGUGUUCAGGACUUCAGAACGCUGUUCGCCUGUUGUGUCACCAAAUAAAGGUUAUGCUGCUUGUUUUUCUUUUGUGCCUUUUUUCCCCCAGUUGAGAUGAAGCAGUUUGAUUUGCUAGAUUUACAACGUUGGCAGUCUAAGCUCUGUUGAAUUUAGAAAACCUGUUUGGAAAAGGUGUUGAUUUUGUAAAAAUUAUGUUCUUCCAUAAUACCUUCCGUACAUCAGAGAUGGCAAAUUAUUUGUGCCAGGCGGAGAAUUGCUGUUAAGUAGUGAUCCUCCCUUCCUUGGGACUAAGGUAGAAUUAUGACACCUGCUUCAGUGGCUUCCAGGUUGUUGCUCAUCUGUCCAGUCACGGAUGAAAUUCUUUUCGCACUUGAGACAUCUCCAAAUGCUUUACAAUGAAUAGUGUUAAUUUGGUGGCCAUGUGGUGGCCAUUAACCAUGUUGCAAAAUUGUAGACAUUAAAUACCUGCGUUUUGGGGAAGGAGAGGAAUUAAACAAUGGAAUGGUUAGGCUUUCAGGGACGAGAGGUUUGGUGGUUUUUUUUAAGUACUAGAAUAUGUUAGUUUUUAUUGAAGGUAAGUUUAAAAUGUUAUAGCCUCAGUAUUUUAAUUGGUAUCUUGGAAGAAAAAUGAGUUAUCUCCAUGAUAAAUUGUGUUUCAUUCUGGUAACAGAUUUCAGUAGAUACCAAAUAACUGGAAAGCUAUCCCGGUAAGAUGUUAAUGGCUCAAAGAUAGAUAUAUGCCUCGGUGAGACGGACUGACCCUAUACGAGCGAAGUAGGGAGAGCGGUGUUCUGUAGGACCGUGCUUUUACGAAGGGAAGAUGCUCUGUUUCUCAGUUUCAUGUGUAUACUACUUUCCUGGUGCUAGCUUUGAUAGGCGAAUUUUGAAGCGUUGGCCCCAAUAAUGAUUGUGCUAAUUCAUAAUCUUUAUCAGAUUAUGAGUGUAAUCCCAAAAAGUGUUAGAAAUAUUUCCAGGCAGUUUUUGAUCUUUAUUCUGCAUUUCUGGGCAUUUGUAAUAUGGUAUUCUACUGAUUUAUAUAUAUUUUUAAUUAAAGUUUGUGUUUAGAUUAUGAUGGGGAAAGAAUUUUGGAAGUAUAUUUCUUCUAAUAAAAUAUUAAGACAGUGUUUUAAUAUCAGCACAUACCUCCUCAUUUGUUUCAGUUUGAAACUCUAGAAACAGUUGUGUGAACUUUGAGUCGAUUUUGAGUUAAAGCUGGUUCACACUUGGAAAAUUUUGUAGCAAAUUGCCCAAGCUGACUAAUCACACAAUACAUGAUUUUUGUACAUUUUCUUUCAGUGACAUUUGGGAGCUGGGUGACAGUUUAAAAUUUGCUUUAUACAUUUAGCUUGUGCAAAUGUAUUUUAAAGUUUUGAAGAAAAACUGGGUGGCGUGGUCAGGAGUUAAAAGUCUCACAUCUUUGGUAGCAAUCUCAUGCAUUAAUUCCACCUUUUUUCAAUAACAGGUGUGUACUCCAUAUCUGAUUGGGGUACUAGUUAGACCGACUGCAUUUGAAACAGCUAAUAAAGAAUGUUACUGGACUAGAAUCAAACUUAGAACACUUUGAAGUACUUAAGAAUAUUAGAAAGUGCAUGCUUUAUGUUAAAAAAAUAACAUUGCUUUUUAAUAUUUCCCAUUCUUGCUUUUUUCAGAAGUUUACAUUAAUUUUUGCAUGUGCACAGACUUAAGAACAUUUUGUGGGAUUACAGAUUUAUUAUUUAUGAAGAUUCAGUAUUAACUUGAUCUUUGAAACCUUGAUCCCUUUAACUUACUAGUCACAUUGACUGAUGUUUUAGGCUAUAGUGAUGCCUAGAAUUUUGAGACUAAAAUUAGUUACUUGUUAUUUUAACAUUCCAAAACUGUAGUGAUUUUUUUUUCCUGGCAAUUACCACAUUUUUCCCAUUAUCUUCCUUUAAAUGGCCACAGUGUGUACUGCUUGAAUGUUCCAUCCAAAAGAUGUAGCUUCAGAAGAACAGUGGUUGCCCCGUGGUCCACGAGACGUUGUUUGUGGUAUGAGGACGGAGUGCUGUCUACUGAAACCAUACUCUUAAACAGAUAUGUCAUCUGUACUAUUUUCUAAUAAAUUCUUUUGAUAAGUGAAGCAGUGUCUUUAACAUUUUAUUAUUAAGAUUCCUGGGAAAUGGUGACUUUUACCUCACAACUCUUUUUAAACAUGUGUUGCAGUGUGUCUUGGAUUUGUACCAAAGUAGCUACUAGCGUAGUUAGUUACAUCAAUGUGCACAUUGUAAGGCAAGCUUAGAGCUGGCUAUAAGCAUGUAUUUUAAUGGUGUUUUUUCAUAAUUACAUAAUCAUUGAGGAAAUUAGAAAAACUUAGUAAAUUUAAAAAUGUGUAAGAGGGGAGAAAAACAAAAGGAGAAAAAUCACCUGUAAUCCUAUCAUGUAAAGGUAACUGUUAACACUGAACACUGCACAUAACUUGUAACUUUUCACUUAAUGAUGUAUGGAGAUGUUUCCAUUUUAAUAAAAUUAUUUGGCAGCAUGA